UUUUCCUCUUCGGCAAUUUUCUUGAAGAAUUUUGAAAAGCCGCUCAAAGCUACAUCAUCACGACCGUAAAAUGCGCCCUACUAUGCGCCAAAGAAACGAGAAAUAGUCCGUAUAUUAGGGUCAGACGGUCACAGUUCACAAAUUUCAAGGGCGAGAAACGCGAAAAAAAAACAAAAACAAUAAUAAGCGUGAUUUCGCAAUCACUUAAGUAGUUACUUCAUAAAGAGAGAAAUGCGUGGAUACAAGGGUUAAAACCUAACCAGGAAACAAGUAAAACCCCUUAAUAAUAGAUGGUACCAAAAAACUCCUCCUUUAACAGGUCAAAGUCCAACCUCCGGAGUGUAGGCUACAUAAGACGGAACAAUCCGGGAGAUCUUUCACAAUGGUUCGACAAGUUCAGCAUCUAAGACAUUGAAGAAACUAUUCCCAACAGCCUGCGCGGUCAACAGCGAAGAUGUUGAAAUUUUGUCUAACCCUUCUUUUCAUCUUUUUAAUACUUUGCAGCGCAUGUGAUAACAACAACGAUGAGCAACUACCAGGAAUCGCCAGCAGAGAGGAUUCAGAGGACUUCUUUGACAAAUCUCACGAAAUACUUCUUGAUACUUGGAAUUAUGGUAAAUCUCUUUACUAUGAACCAAGCGCAUUUCUUUCAGUGUAUGACAGCUUGUAUCGCCAUCCAGAGGGAAGAACUCUUUCCAACAAGCAUCAACCCUAUAUUAACCCAUUUACAAAUUAUUUCCUUAGUAGGGGGAACUAUCAAGUGAAAAACCAGCAUGUUGAAAGCCGAUUCGUCCUCGGUAAUUUGAUGAACACAGCUUUCUUCAACAACAGAUUUAGUCCCGCCAACACGUUCAGACCCUUUGGCCGCCUUUCCGUUCGUCAGCCUUUGCUCGAUGCCUGUUUAACGGCAAGCGGCGACGCCGGAAUCUGCGCUCCAGGUUCCGUUUGCUCACUAUUUGGUGGCCGACCAAGUGGUUCCUGUUCUCUGGGGAAAACCUGUUGUAUCAAUGCAAUCAAUACAUGUGGAGCCACAGUCACCCUUAACAAUACUUAUUGGCAGUCACCAUCUGUGGCAGUUAAUGCACCCACAAUUUGUGCGCUGAAUAUCAAACUGGACAAUAAGUUUGUGGAACAACUAGGGAAACCCAUUUGCCAAAUCCGAUUGGAUUUUGUUUCGUUCACCAUCGCACAGCCGACGGCCGGAACUUGCACCGAUACUUUUCAAGUUGGUGGGGCAACUACCGUGGCUCCCAUUAUCUGCGGCGACAACAGCGGGCAGCACAUGUACCUUGAUGUCCCAUCGUCAGACGUUACAUCCACCGAUGUUCAGCUGAUGUUUAAUUUUGCCACUGGAACCGCUACUCCAAGUUCACGUUCAUGGAAUAUCAAAAUUGCUCUACUGCCCUGCGGCGCGGACUAUCUUGCACCAGUCGACUGUCUCCAGUACUUCACGGCUCCCACAGGAAGAGUCAGCUCGUUUAAUUGGAGAGAUGUCCCAGUUAGUGCUAUUCGCCAACUCAACAAUCAGAAUUACAAUAUCUGUUUCAGGACUGAACUAAUCGACCGCCAGACUGGAACUCAGAUGUGUUUUUCAGUUUGCGCGACGACCAACGCUGGCGCCGGCUAUUCAAUAACCACAAACGAGGCCAUUCCCGGUAAUUCCCUGUUAGGAGUUGGGAACAAUGCUCAGGGUUAUUGCACUUACGACUAUCUUGGAAUUGGUUCUGCAACUGAUUUGGCAACUGGUCUUAUGGGAGACCGUUUUUGCGGAGAAAAACUUAACACGGCACGAGCACCUGGUUUUAAUUCCAGCAUUCAAUUGUGUACCAAGAGUAAACCAUUUAAGGUUAAUUUUGUAACCGAUGGGACCGAAGCUGCAGUUGUUGCUCCGGCCUUGGUGAUGGUGCCGGCCGACACCAAUAACGUUGGAUUCUGUCUUGAUUAUCAAGAGAGAGCCAAUUAAGCAGAGAAGACUCAAGGACUGAUUUGAUGAACGCGUUCCUCCAAGCGUAUUUACUUCCAAAAUGUUUUAAUGUGACCGUCCAUCAACUGCUGUUAGAAUUAUUUUUGACGUCAUGCUAUAGACCUGUUUCCUAAUUCUGCAGAGACUAUUCUUUUUGAGACUCUUGGUUUUUUUUUUUACCGCGCUGUUCAUUAUCCAAUUUAAAAUUCCAAAUUUUUUCAUGUUACUAAUUUACUCGUUUUGCUGCAAUCAAGAUAACUUGGAGGACUUAGGGAAGAUGACUUGGUGGGUAGCUUCGAAAAAUUGCUCAAAAUCAAAUUACCUUGACAAUUAGAAAAUCAGUCAUAUCAUAGUAUGUGUUUUCGAAUGAGCUACACCCAAAUGCAAAUUAAUUCACUGGGAAUAAGUACAUGUCUAAAUUCGUCUAAAUUACAUUCAUGUUUUAAAUACAUAAGCUAUAUGUAAA